AAUUCGAUCAUACAACUCGACCAGGAUUAGGAAAUUCCCGUUGUACAAAGGGACUUGGAUAGCAAGGCUGCCUAUGCGGCAAGAGUAGUCCUUGGUCUAUAUAUAAGAAACCCCCCGAGAGCAAGUUUUUUGUUGUUUGUACCAAAAAUUUUCAAGAAAGAAAAAGAAAAAAGAAGAUGAAGGUGGUAGCAGCCUAUUUGUUGGCAGCUUUGGGAGGCAAUACUAACCCUUCUGCUCAUGAUUUGAAGCAGAUUCUUUCUUCUGUUGGGGCUGAAGCUGAUGAUGAAAAGAUUGAGUUGCUUCUGUCCCAAGUGAAGGGAAAGGAUAUGACUGAGCUAAUUGCUGCUGGAAGACAGAAAUUGGCUGCCAUGCCUUCUGCUGGAGCUGCUGUUCCAGGUACUGCUGCAGCUGUUGGAGGUCCUGCUGGUGCAGCCCCAUCUGCUGCUCCUUCUGCUGUUGCUCCCAAGGAGGAGGAAAAAAUCGAAGAACAAUCCGAUGAUGACAUGUGCUUCAGUCUGUUUGAUUGAGGAUUUAAUUAGGAAUAUUGAACUUUAAUUGUUCUGUAGACUCAAAGCAGGGAUUAAUUAGUUUUCUCUAUAGAAGUUAAUAGGAUAUAAUCAACAUUGACUAA